AUGUCCAAGACUCCAGAAUACGGAAAUCCACCUGACAGCACAGCUGAUCUAGGGGGUGUAUUUGAAGGCCUACCAGAUGACGGGGAUUCUGAAAAUAGCGAACAGCGUAUCUCCGCAGCCUCCAGACAGUCCCAAGCGUCCAAUGCGUCGGAAGUAACACUCAAGGCUGAAGAUGGGGAUGCUGGUACCGAUAUAAUAGGUACAUCUGACAAGAACGCACACGAAAGUGAUACAGUGAGCGCAUCUAUUAGUGAUGCACAAGAAAGUCGCAGUGUGAAGAGUGUAUCAUCCGGUAGUGGCAGAAGACUGCGCAAUGUGCAGAGUGCCUUGAACAUGCCCGUAUUCGCUAUGGGCGGCCAGAUAUUCUCGUACGAUCACAUGAGCCUGAACAAACUCAGUAGAGGGAAUACGGUAGGUGAUGUAAACGCUGGUACACACAGAAAGAGGCCUCAGAGUGCUAAGGUAUUGUGUGACACGAAGGACCGUGAAGUAGCGGGAGAUGCAGCAGAGAGGACUGCAUUACCUCAGAGCGCAAAUAGUAUCAGCCGUAGUGCGAAUACAAGAAAAGGAAUACAACGCAAGAGCAAACCCGGAACACCGACGAAUUUGGUGUUGAGUAGUGUGCACGGGAAGGGUGCGCAGGAGGAUUUAACGGGUGGUUCAAGUUUUACUCAACACACUCCUGUUGGCACAGGUCAUGAUGCAGUACUAGGUGAUGAUGACAUUGACGUAGGUGUAGAUGACACGAGCAGUCAUGUAUACGAGAAGGAAGUGGAUAAAUAUACAGACAAACCACACGCACGCGAAAUAGAAGAGAAUAUACAUGCCGAUAUAGCACACGCAAGCGACACGGAGAUAGACGUCGGUGAUGGUACGACAGAAGCUGUGGAUGAUGCUGAUUUGGAGGUUAGAGCGAUUGUGGGCGGUGAAGUGGAGGGACCAGUCCUGUCUACCACGACUGAGACAGAGACUGUGCCGGAUACUGAGACAGCCAGCAAACCACCUAAUACUGCGGAGGAGGAUAUUGAGACAACCGUUCAAUCAAGUGAAGGUGUAAAGGAGGCUACAAUCAUCCAAGACACGGAUACGACCGUUCAACAAAGUGAUGAUGCUAAGGAGGCUGAGAGCAUUCCAGGUAUUGAGACGGAAAAUCAACCAGGCGAAGAUACAAAAGAAGACAAUACUAUGCAAGAUAUCGAGACGACCGUUCAACAAAGUGAUGAUGUUAAGGAGGCUGAAAACAUCUCAGAUUUGGAGACAGAAAAUCAACCAGGCGUAGAUACAAAGCAGGACAGUACUAUGCAAGAUAUCGAGACGACCGUUCAACAAAGUGGUGAUGUAAAGGAGGCUGAAAACAUCUCAGAUAUGGAGACAGAAAAUCAACCAGGCGAAGAUACGAGGCAAGAUGAUACAAAGCAAGAUAUCGAGACGAUCGUUCAACAAAGUGGUGAUUUAAAGGAGGCUGACAACACAUGUAACUCCGAGACUCUAGCAGUUCAACAAAGCUGCGAUAUUAUGCAAACUGUCGAUUUAGAAACAGAACAAAACGGCGAUGAUUCGAGGGAUGCUGGGUCAGUGAUGGACAAGCCUGACAUUAUUGCAGAUGGCCGAGACAAUACGAUAGAGGCGGCUGAGAGUGCUUGCAAGAUUGCCCAGGCGGAUACAAAGGCAGACGGGUCGGUUGAAGCAGUGUUGACUGAGGCCUCGGACCAUAGUAGAGGUGAGGAUCUGGGCGAUACUGAGCAUACUAUAGAUACCGAGGCUAGUGGGAGUGUGUUAAGUCUUACAGAAGGCGCCCAGCUUGUGGGCGGUGUACGGGGCUCGCAAGCGGAGAAAGAUAUGAGCUUGAACUUCGAACGACUCACCACCGAUGAGCGGUCUACUGAAACAGACGAGCUUGCGGACAUACUAGAUAUGAGAGAAAGAGUACGUGCGGAGAGCGAAUCAAGUGACGCUGACUGGGUGAAGCUAGAUGAGGAGAUGAAUGUGCCGACGAUAGGAAAUGGCAAAAAGGACAGGAAAAGCCUUACCGUCAGACAGAUUAGUUCGGAGGUCCUGGGUAACGCUGUCGCCAUUGGACCAGUUGAAAGCUUUGGCGAAACCUUGCCCAAACGGCAGAGCAGUCUCGCUAGAUAUCUCAGCAGGGAGCACGAGCUGGAAGUCGGCGCAGCAGGCAAGCGAAUAUCGCUUGCAUCACAAGUUUCAAACGAUAGCGCAACCGAUUGGCGGCGAAAAACCAAGGACCAGCUCCGUCGUGCCAACAGCGAAGUGGUCAAAGCCAGCAAAGGGCUGGGGAGCCGCCAACGGAGUGACACAACGAACGCUUCAAGUACAUAUGACCAGAUUGGCAGUGGUAGGAAGCAGUCAGUACCGUAUGUCAAACAACAGUCAUUCACACACAAACCGGCCACAACAGGUGCAGCAUCUGGGUUGCACCGCACAAGCACACAGAUGGCAGCCUCUGAUUCCACAAUGUCUGCUAUGGAUGCUGAGGCGAGGAAGCUCAGUAAUCGUACCUUUGGCCAGCGUAUCGGAGGCUCAUUCAGUCUUAACAGAAUUCAAAAGUCGGAUCCAGCUAUUGAUAAGGAAUUGCCAACUGGAGAGUUCACAGUACCGCGAACACGGAAUAUGUCACUAAACAUGGAGAGGACAGGGCAGGAGAACGAUCUGAAUAUAUCGGAUGAAGCCAUCCUCACAAAUCCUGCGAGUAUACUAAAACCAGUGGGAAACAGAGUCAGAACCGAUUCUUUAUCUACCAAGAAUCGCCAGACAUCAACUACGUCGAAAGGUCAUGAUGCGUUGAUGAAGAAGCUUCAGGAGGAGAAUGACCAACAGAAGGCACAAAUCCAACUCAUGCAGAUGCAGCUGAAGAAAAUGGACGGUACAGACAGCAGGAAGGACAUCAAUCUCAAGAUAGAAAAUCAACGCUUGGAGCGAGAACUCGCAGCGUUGAAGGAGGCCGCCGGGGACACAAAUCUGUAUGCGCUGGCAAUGUCAGCUGACAGAGUCAAGUUGCUCGAGCAGGAGCAGGAACGGCGCCGGCACAACAAGCUGGGCAAUGUGCAGUCCAUCAAUGUCACACUCAACCAUGAUCCGUUAGCUAUGGAGUCUCUGCGUGCCGGAUUGAUCAACUUGAAAAAGGAGAGAGACGAUGCUGUGGCACACCUGGACAAGCUGAAAUUCGAGUACGGUAUCAUAGAAGAUAUCUCCGAAAUCGCAGGACCUUCAGAUUCAGCUAAAGGGAUGACACCCGGUCAAGCACCAACAGGGGCAGCUCCAGCAACAAAUGCACCACCACCACCACCACCGCCACCGCCGCCACCAACUUCCAACGCACCACCACCCCCACCCCCCCCUCCGAUGUCCAACGCACCGCCGCCACCACCCCCACCACCAGCAUCAAAUGCACCGCCACCACCACCACCACCACCGGCGUCGAGUGCUCCACCACCACCACCACCGGCGUCGAGUGCUCCACCACCACCACCACCGGCGUCGAGUGCUCCACCACCACCACCACCGUCACCACCGGCGUCGAGUGCUCCACCACCACCACCACCACCACCACCACCACCACCCCACCCCCAUCAGAAGCAUUGCGCCUUUUCUGAGCUUUACGCAAUUGCUUUAAACAUCCGUACAGGAGUAGCACAGCCACCACCGCCACCGCCGCCACCACCAGCUUCUGGCGGUCCUCCACCCCCACCCCCACCACCCCCACCCUCAGGAGGAGCACCACCACCACCACCACCACCGCCGCCACCACAACCCUCCGGAGGAGGUCCACCACCACCACCGCCGCCGCCACCACCACCACCACCGGGUAAGUAA